AUGUAUAGACAUAUCGCUAGACAAACAAUUUCUCGUCAAUCAUCCAAAAGAUUGUCUCUUCAAAUUUCCAGAAAAUACACAACUAAUACUCCACCAAAGGGAGGCAAUAACAAUUUUUCAACCAUAACUACAAAUGUUAAUCCAGUAUAUGUUUUGGCUGGGUUAGUCCCUGCUGUGAUUGCAUAUGCUUAUUAUUCUCAGAAGGAUGCUAAUGAUGAUACUGUUUCUAAUAUUAGAGAAAAAUUUAAGGAUCUUAAUAAGAAAGUAGAACAAGAGAAGGAGACUGUAGUGGAAGAAGCUAAAAAGGUUGCAGAAGCAGUUUCUGUUCCUGCUGUGGAGCCAGUUGUUGAAGAACCAGCAGUUGUUGAAGAAGAACCAAAGGUUACUGAAGAAAAAAUUGCGGAAGUGUCGGAACCAGAAUCUAUCCUUGAUGUAUCAAUUGAAGAACCUAUUGAAGAAAAGCCAGUCGCAGAAGUAGAACAACCAAAGGCUGAAGAAACUGUUGUCGCAGACGUGGAAGAACCAAAACAACAAUCUGAAUCAGAACCACAACCAGAAACCGAAUCUGAAGUAAAACAACAACAACAACCAGAAGGUGAAGAACCAAAAGAAGGAGAAGCCGCAUUCAAUCCAGAAACUGGAGAAAUCAAUUGGGAUUGUCCAUGUUUAGGAGGAAUGGCCCAUGGUCCAUGUGGCGAAGAAUUCAAAGAAGCUUUCUCCUGUUUUGUAUUUUCUGAAACUGAACCAAAGGGUAUUGAUUGUAUUACUAAAUUUGAAAAUAUGAGAUCUUGUUUUAAGAGAUAUCCUGAACAUUAUAAAGAUGAAUUAUAUGAAGAAGGGGAAGAAGAAUUACAACAACAACAAGGACAAGUAAAUACUGAGGCUGUUGCUGCUGUUGAAGCUAUUGAACCUGUACUUGAAGAAGUUGUUAUUGUUAAACCAACUGUUAUUGAAGAGGUUGUUGUUAAUCCAGUUGUUGCUGAAGAAGAAGUUUCUGUUGAAGAAGAACUUGUUAAAGAAGCUAUUGAACAAACUGAGAAUUAA